AUGCUGGUGACUGGAGAACUGAUGAAUACCGCGGCCUAUGCAUUCGCUCCCGCCGUGCUGGUAACGCCGCUUGGAGCGUUGAGCGUGCUCGUUGGUGCCAUGAUGGGCUCGUAUUUCCUCAGGGAAGAGAUCAAUGUGCUCGGAAAACUCGGGUGUGCUGCCUGUCUUCUAGGCUCAGUGUUGUUGGUGCUCCAUGCACCCGGCGACAAGGAAAUCGAGACUAUUGAUGAGAUCCUGCAUCUGGCAAUUCAACCAUGUCAGCAACCCUUCCCGGAGUUGGAUUAUGAACCUACUGACACAUCUCUAGUCUUUCUUCUCUACUGUGUUUCCGUUGCAAUAAUUGCCAUUUACAUCAUCUGGAAAGUCGCGCCGGUCCAGGGGCGAACAAACCCGCUGGUUUAUAUCUCGAUUUGCUCUUCGGUCGGAUCCAUAUCCGUUAUGUCGGUCAAGGCGUUUGGGAUUGCAGUCAAGCUCACCGCGGGUGGCGACAACCAAUUCACCCAUGCCUCGACUUAUGUCUUCGCGUUGGUCCUGGUAGUGACCACCCUGACUCAGAUGAACUACUUGAAUAAGGCAAUGGGCCAAUUCCCUGCAUCGCUAGUAAACGCGAUGUACUAUGUUGGUUUUACAACGUGUACCCUCUCCGCCUCCAUUAUCUUCUACCAAGGACUGAACACUAGCAACUGGACGAGCAUCAUCUCAAUGAUAUGUGGAUUUCUACUCAAUUUCACGGGUAUCUCCCUCUUGACAUUGUCCAAGACUGCGUCUCCCAGUGAAAAGGGUAUGGACUCAGUGCGAGGGUUUAACACUCAGUCACUAGAGCUCUCCCACGGACGAUACUCGCACGUACGAACAAGUAGCGUGGAAAUCGAACAAGCCCUUGGAAGACGGGUUUCCGGAGUCCAACCAUGA